AUGGCGUCCUCAGCAUCCAAACCCGAGCCUAUGAAUGCCACGACCCACCAUUCAAAGGUGCGGACCACGCUCAAAUUCGCAGACCCGCUCUUCGUGGCGGGAGGAGCCGUCUCUGGCAAGAUGGAAAUGGAAUGCAAGACCGACAAAGGUCUCGGUAUUGGUGUUAUCAUGAUUGAACUCUUUGCUAUUGAGGAGCUCACAUCUAGGGACCACUCCGCUAUGCAGACCUUUCUGCACAGUCGACGAGUCUUCCAGGGACCAGGUUUACCCCUAUCGAAUGCCGUGCACCCUUUCCCCAUGCCUGACGAACCUACCUUGCCCGUCAAUUACCACCAUGCGCGACGAGGUGCCACUUCCUUCCUCUUCCGUUUUCCGUUACCAGAGACGUCUCCGUCCUCGAUCAAUUUUGGCUCCGGUGUAGCGCAGCUCAGAUAUGAAGUCCGGGCUACUGUGGGAGUGGUGUACAAGGGAGAGCGAAGGUUACUUAUCGACAGGAAAGUGGUGGACGUGGUGGAGGUGUACCGAGACGAUCCCUCGCGACCCGAGCCACAAGGGAUGCUCGUUGGAGAGAACGGAAAGAUACUGAUGCAAGGAAAGGUCCUAGGUGGUGUUCUGGUUGCUGGGCAGCCGGUUUGUGUAGAGCUGACCGUCAAAAAUCACUCCGCAAAAAAGGUCGAUAUCUCACAUAGCUUGCCCACGUCAUCUGAUAUAUUCCUUUGUCGCAGAACACCGGGGGCCGCCACUGCAAUUAUCAGAUACCCUUACGUCUGUUUCGUUUCAAGGGCCGGAGUUCGUUAUUCAACCGGGGUGGAAGGUGUUGCUAAUCUCGUUUUCGAUGUGCCUCCUCGGGCGAGAAGUAUUAAAGGUGGCCUACGCGACGGUGGCGAGGAUGGGAAGACUUCAGAACAUCUGUUCGAAGUCCGAGGUACGAUCACUAUUCGUCUCGCGCUUGGUUUUGGGAGUAAAGACAUGUAUCUGAAGCUCCCUGUCUCAAUCUUUAACCCAGCGGCGCUCCCUGAUCCACCCCAUAUGCCUUACUCUCCAGAACUUCGGCCGUACUCUCCCGCGAUUGGUGUUCCGCCGGAUGCGUACUAUUCGCCAUAUUCGUCCCCUCCUCCGCUUUCAAUGUCACCUCCUCUUCACAACUACGCACCACCGUCUGUCACGCCAAAAAUGCUACCUUUCGUGGAUCAAGGGCGCGUCUGGUUGCCGCCAUUGUCUCCGAACCCUUAUCUUGGCCGUCAACCCCUCUACUCGCCAUUUCCGUAUCCUGCGUAUCCUGCGGACCAUGUUCUUCAGUACGAUUUCCCUGUUCGACCGUCGAGUGCGGAGCCAAUCCCUUCAGAGCCGCUGUAUGAGUCCCCUGCAGCAUUGCCACCACCUUCAUUCAUGCAGCAGCCGUUGGUCGCUACUCCUGCUGGUUCCUCUCCUGCGGCCGAACGAGUUGAAGGAAAGGGUGAACGUGCUUCUCGCAUCACCCAUCAUCUGCGCUUGUCCUCAAGAGCACGGUCGGUGUCUCCAAUGUCGCACAGAUAUGCGACACUCGCACCGGAGGACUUAUCAGGACUAUCGCUUCACGUGCCCUUGCAAGCAGAGGCUUCGCCGCAAGGAGGUUCUGCGUAUGCUAUGUCUCCUGUUGGCCAUGCUAGUACCAACUCCGACGUCGCCUCUCCCCGACCAAUGCCAUCACCCAAACAGACGUAUACCGUAGACUCAAUCACGCACCUCACUUUUAGUAAGAGCGAGCGAGUAGAGGCAUUGGAACGCAUUGCUGCCCAGACAGACGAGACGAACAAGGAUAUGUCCGGUUCUGUCCCAGAUCUCACGUUUGAGCGAGACAAGACGCUCCCCGCGCCACCCGUGCCCUCACAGAAAGGACAUCUUACAGCCCAGCCUUUGGUGCCACCGGUGGAUAUCUUCUCUCUCUGUGCAGAUGGUGAUGCGAAUGUUGCUCCACCAACACCCACCUUGAACGCCUUCGUGUCUCCGAAAGCAUCUCGUGCCGUGUUGGGGCAACUUGGCGGGCUGGACGCUCUAGAGGCCCGCCUACUAGCCGAAGUGGGGACUCGCAAAGUCGAACGACUUCCCGACAGACCAGACGUACGCUCUGUUCUCCCCAUCACGAUACCCAAACCGGACGCUUCUAUAGAUCUCAAUGUUGAUUCUGCCAUCUCUAGUCUCUCAUUACCAGGCCUUGGCGCGGAUGAACGUACUGAGCGCCUCGGUAGAGAAGGCCCCUCUGCUGAGUACAGUGAUCGAGGGAGGUUUCGUGUACGAGACAUCGAAGACGACACGGUGGACAAGGAGCACGCUUCGAAGACGGAAUCGGAGAAGAAGAUACGAAAGAAGAAGAGCGGGCAGAAAGCUCAGGGAGAGGCUUUGAAGGAGAAAGAGCUUCAACGUCUACGCAAGGCCGCCCGGGGUCGCGUUACUGCUUGGCUGGGUGGCAUUGACCCGGAAGCACCCUCGCAGCCUGCAACCCCCCCUGCAGACUCGUCACCAGAACGUACUCAGGAUAGGAGGUCUCCGUUGGGAGAUGAUCAUACCGUCCUUCGAUCCGCACGGCGGCUUAUUGAAACCACGCAAACAACGAAUGCAAUAGAGUCGCAGCAAGUCGAGAUCGAACUUGAGAUCGAAUUGUCUGACGUAGGGCCACCGGCUCAAGCGGACAAGCCGGUGGAGGACAAGCCUAAUCCUCGUUCGAGUGGCUUUAUGCCCAUUCGCCCUCGCGACGACAAGUCUCAGGCAGCAGAGGAGCAGAAGUCAGGUCAAGCUGUACGCAGAGCGCAUCAGUUUGUUUGGCCACAACGUCAGGCGGACCCUGAGGCCCACUACGAUAUCCGCUCCGCGCGUGGUGGUAAGGGCGGACAGGUCACCGCUGUUGCAGCCAUUUGGGCCCAAGCAACUGACCAGAAGCCCGCAGUACCGCCACCGAAAUCUCCUCCACCGAAAAUGUGGAACAGAACACCGCUGAAGACUCCAUCGGGCCCUUCCCCGCUUUCGCAGUCGUCUGAGAGCACGAAUGACAGUAAACCGCGCAUAAUCCCCGCUUCGCCUGCGGCAGAACUCGCCGCGAGGCGUGCCAAGUUGGCGAAGUCAUCUUCGGUACCUGCCGUCCUCUCCUCGUCGCUCGCCGCACCCAUGCUGUCCUCUACGGCGUCCCUUGCUAGACCGUUGCUGAAACUAAACCCGAAGCUUCCAACGCGUCCGGCCGUGAUCCAGGAGACUCCUGAAGUCAAGAGUGAUGGUGCAGAUAUGAAGGCUCCAGCCAAACGCGAGCUUGCUUUUGGCCAGGCGAGACUACGAGAGCUCAUCAAGAAAUACCAAGGCUAA